GUAGAAAGCCACCGCGGCUUAGCCAUCGCCGUCGCGACGGCGAUUAAUGAAUUUAAUUUAUUUAUCUUAAGUUUAUGCCUUUAAUUUUACAUGAACCUUAGCUUUUAGUUUUAUCUUUAACUGUCUACGUAAUAAGUUAGAGCCGUUACCGUAUUAUGUCUAGAAUUAGGGGAAUCGAAGCCAAAGUGAAAAAAGAAAUUUCGCAUUCAGCGAAAAAUAAAAAUGGACCAGACACAGCCUGCGAAAAGGAUGACGUGGAGAAGGACCAGGUGAAGGAGCUGCUGGCGAAAAUACCCGUUCUGGCGAAGACCUUCGAGAUCCACCGGAAGAUUGGCGAGGGCACGUUCAGCUCCGUCUACCUUGGCUCCAUGAGGCAGGAGGCGAGCGUGGCCGAUGGAGAUAAGAGAUGGUUUGCUGUCAAACAUUUAGUGCCGACCACGCAUCCCACAAGAGUAGCGCACGAACUGCGUUGUCUAAGAGACAUCGGCGGUAAACACAAUGUGAUCGGUGUGGAGCUGUGCCUUCGCAACCUGGAUCACGUCGUCUUCAUCAUGCCCUACAUACCGCACAAGAAGUUCUCUGAAUACGUUCGUGAUAUGGACGCGAACGAGCUGCGGCAAUACAUGCGCGCACUCUUAACCGCACUACGACACGUGCACACUUUCGGCGUCAUACACCGGGACGUGAAGCCGAGCAACUUCUUGUACGACCGCGAGCGGCGGCGCUACGCGCUGGUGGACUUCGGACUGGCGCAGCACAUGGCGGGGCCUGCGCAGCCGCCCCCCGCGCAUCAGCCGCUCAAACGGACACGAGACGAAGACUCUCUCCUCCCGGGCGCCAAGCGCAUGGCGCUCGACCUGUGCGUGCGGCGUGCGGCCCGCUCGCCCGCGACCGCACCCGCACCCGCGCCCGCACCCGCACCCCCGCGCGUCUGCGCGUGCUCCGGCGCGGGCGGCGUGUGCGGCGAGUGCGCCGUGUGGGCGCCGCCGCGCGCCAACCGCGCCGGCACGCAGGGCUUCCGCCCGCCCGAGGUGUUCUUCAAAUACCCCCACCAGAGCACGGCGGUGGACAUGUGGGCCGCCGGCGUCAUACUGGCCAGCGUGCUGUCCGGCAGAUACCCGUUCUUUCGCGCCACAGACGACCUGACCGCCUUGGCCGAGAUCACCGAGCUACUGGGCACUGCGGCGCUACAGCGGACCGCGCAGGCGCUAGACGACCUGACCGCCUUGGCCGAGAUCACCGAGCUACUGGGCACUGCGGCGCUACAGCGGACCGCGCAGGCGCUAGACGACCUGACCGCCUUGGCCGAGAUCACCGAGCUACUGGGCACUGCGGCGCUACAGCGGACCGCGCAGGCGCUAGACGACCUGACCGCCUUGGCCGAGAUCACCGAGCUACUGGGCACUGCGGCGCUACAGCGGACCGCGCAGGCGCUAGACGACCUGACCGCCUUGGCCGAGAUCACCGAGCUACUGGGCACUGCGGCGCUACAGCGGACCGCGCAGGCGCUAGACGACCUGACCGCCUUGGCCGAGAUCACCGAGCUACUGGGCACUGCGGCGCUACAGCGGACCGCGCAGGCGCUAGACGACCUGACCGCCUUGGCCGAGAUCACCGAGCUACUGGGCACUGCGGCGCUACAGCGGACCGCGCAGGCGCUAGACGACCUGACCGCCUUGGCCGAGAUCACCGAGCUACUGGGCACUGCGGCGCUACAGCGGACCGCGCAGGCGCUAGACGACCUGACCGCCUUGGCCGAGAUCACCGAGCUACUGGGCACUGCGGCGCUACAGCGGACCGCGCAGGCGCUAGACGACCUGACCGCCUUGGCCGAGAUCACCGAGCUACUGGGCACUGCGGCGCUACAGCGGACCGCGCAGGCGCUAGACGACCUGACCGCCUUGGCCGAGAUCACCGAGCUACUGGGCACUGCGGCGCUACAGCGGACCGCGCAGGCGCUAGACGACCUGACCGCCUUGGCCGAGAUCACCGAGCUACUGGGCACUGCGGCGCUACAGCGGACCGCGCAGGCGCUUGACGACCUGACCGCCUUGGCCGAGAUCACCGAGCUACUGGGCACUGCGGCGCUACAGCGGACCGCGCAGGCGCUAGACGACCUGACCGCCUUGGCCGAGAUCACCGAGCUACUGGGCACUGCGGCGCUACAGCGGACCGCGCAGGCGCUAGACAUGGACACGUGGGCCGCCGGCGUCAUACUGGCCAGCGUGCUGUCCGGCAGAUACCCGUUCUUCCGCGCCACAGACGACCUGACCGCCUUGGCCGAGAUCACCGAGCUACUGGGCACUGCGGCGCUACAGCGGACCGCGCAGGCGCUAGGGUGCCGGCUGGUGACGUCGACACGCCGCCACGGGCUGUGUCUGCGCAAGCUGUCCGCACACCUGCGCGGUGCGCGCGGUGCCGGCGCCGGCCCCGGCCCCGGACCCGGACCGGUCGCGCGCGACGCGCCCGCGUGCGCCAAGUGCGGCCUGCGGAGCCCGAGCUGCGUGUGUCUAGACGACACGCCGGCGUACACGCACGACCCCCUGCGCUCCUCGUGCGGGUUCCCGGACGCGGCGUUCGCGUUGGCCGCGCGGCUGCUGGAGCCCGACCCGCGCGCGCGCAUCACCGCCGCCGAGGCGCUGCGGCACCCCUUCCUGGCGCAGCCCCUAUAG